CUAUCAUCUGAACCUAAAUUACAGAUAGCUCAUAUAUUCGCGUCGCACCACUGCUGACGGUACUCUAGAAUUGAGUAUGGCGCUCCAAGCGGGGACAAUAAGCGUAACUGUGCAUUAUGCUAAGGACAUCAAGGACUGUGACUGGUUUGGCCGUCAAGAUCCGUAUGUCAAGUUGCGUAUUGGAGACUUGGAGCGAAGGUCACGCACAUGCCGAGACGGAGGCCGGAACCCAGUUUGGAACGAAACAUUUGAGUUCAACGUAAUAAACGAGAACACGCUGGAGCUCGUCCUCAUGGACGAGGACACACUGAAGCGCGACGACCUCAUCGGCAGCUGCUCCAUCAGCUUAGCGCGUGCUCGCCAACAAGGCCAGGAAGUGAUCCAAGCAGCCGUCAGCAGCGGUCACAAGCUCCACAAGCAAAAGGGCUUCAUCCAGGUCACCAUAUCAUUCUUCCCCAACACCAAGCUGCAGCCCAGCCCAUCCUACGCCUACGCUCCCCCGCCCGCGCCCGCGCCUGCCAUGCCUCGUCCCCAAGCGCCACCCGCAGCCUACGGCUACCCAGCACCACCGCCGCCCCCCGUAGCCACCCCCAUGCCCAGCCAAAGCGCUCUUGCCACAUGUAACUCGUGUGGGUCAACAAGGCCAGCGGCUCCUCCUCAGCCGCCGCCGCCGCAGCAGCAGCCUCCGUACGGAAGCUACCCAUACGCAUUUCCUCCAGCCGCAGCAGGGCCGCCACCACCUUCGUACAACGCGCCACCCGGGGGUUACUACCAGCCGGAAGUUAGUUCGCCGUACAAUGCUACAACCGCACCGCCGCCGCCUUCGGCGUCAUCUGCUUCUGCCUCUGCGCAGCCGCCGAUCCCGUCAGCCCCUGGCUGGCCGGUUGCGCAAGCACCAGCGUACGGCGUGCCUGCGUACGGAGCUGCGCCAGCACCGUCGUACUAUCCACCGCCGUCCGUGCCUCCGUACGGAUCUGUGCCGUACUAUCGUAGUUAGGGAGCUGGGGCAAGGCGCCAAGGGUGUCGUGGGGGUGUACGAACUGGGGUUUCUGAAACCUUUCUAAACGAGGCGCCUUCAUUGAUAGUUUAUUAAUUGUCAAACCCCUCCAUGUAUCUUUACAUGGACGUGGUCUGCAACCGAUGUUAUCCGAACCCGAGAUUAGGUCCUCAAGUGUUAUUAGUGACACCGGACGCCGUAGAGCGUGUUGCGGAUUCAUAAAGUGAUGUCAGUUACCGUUAUUACUUUGCUCUGCCUGCGAAAGGCAGCGUGACGUAAGGGGUUGCGCAGUAGCGGACGUUGGCAAAUUUCGUGCAUACAAUCGUGCAUGCACGGCCUCAUGUUCUCUAAUAACCUGCCGUACCUGCCGUAUAUACUAUAAGACUCCUCAGGAGUUUAGCAUGCAUUCAUGGCUUGUGUAUUGUGACGGUGAUGGCACUGAUCGGACAUCUUGUUGGCGCCCAGGUCCUAACACAACACAACAAAAGG